AGUAGUGUGCUUGCCUUGAGUUGUAUGCAAGAACAAAAGAGCAGCAAAGAAAAGCAGCCACAUCCUCUCGGCACAAGGAAGAGGUCCAUUUAAGAGCACCACCGCACAGAUGGAGCACUUAUGCGGGUCCAAACUUCCAUUCUGGGAGCCCAAUCUCACCCUGUACACAGACCUGCCAGAUCUCCCAGAAUGCUUUCAGCUGUCAAUAUUGCCAUGGACUCCCUGUAUCUUCCUGUGGGUAACUUCCCCUUUCUAUAUCCUCUACCUCAAGAGGAACAGCAGAGGUUACAUUAUGAUGUCUAUAUUAAACAGAAUCAAAACGGUUCUGGGCUUGAUAUUGUGGAUAGUAUGCUGGACCGACCUUUUUUCUGCAUUUCAUGAGAUGAACCAGGAUCACCCUAAACCCCCAAUUUAUUUUGUUACCCCUUUAAUAGUUGGCAUGACAAUGUUGUUAGCCACCUUCCUUAUCCAGUUUGAGAGGUUAAGAGGAGUGCAGUCAUCCGGUGUGCUCUUCAUAUUUUGGACAAUCUCAGUGUUGUGUGCCAUUGUGCCUUUCCGCUCCAAAAUAAUGCACACCAAUCAAGAGAAUGGAGUCAAAGACAAGCUGAGGUUUACAACUUUCUACAUUUAUUUCGGGCUCACCCUGCUCGAACUCAUCCUGUCAUGCUUCAAUGAAAAGCCGCCUCUUUUCUCCAGUGUGGUUACAGAUCCUAAUGCAUGUCCAGAAACAACAGCUGGAUUCCUCUCAAAAAUGACCUUUUGGUGGUUUACAAGCAUGGCUAUCAAAGGCUACAAAUCCCCACUAGAGAAUAAAGACCUGUGGUCCCUUAACAAGCAUGACAGUUCAGAGAUGGUUGUCCCCAAUCUGCUCAAUGAAUGGGAGGUGGAGAAAUCCAAAGCACAGAGCGAACAGAGCAUGAAGGAGCAGGCCACUUAUACAAAAGCUGGCACGGGUGCUGAGACCAACAAUGUGGGUGGCAGUCCUGAAGAGGUGGAAGUUCUACUGUCCAAACGAAAAGAGUCCCAGAAGCCCUCCUUCCUGUGGGCCCUGCUCAGAGCCUUUGGACCCUACUUCCUCAUUGGCUCAGCCUUUAAACUGCUGCAGGAUCUCAUUACCUUCAUUAACCCCCAGCUUCUCAGCUUGUUGAUUGGCUUCACCAAACAGUCGGGCGUUCCUUCAUGGUGGGGUUACACACUGGCCUUCCUGAUGUUCGGCAGUUCCCUCCUACAGACCCUCAUCUUGCAUCAGCACUUCCAGUACUGCUUUGUCACAGGCAUGAGGCUGCGCACUGGAAUCAUAGGGGCCAUCUACAGGAAGUCACUAGUGCUCACAAACGAGGCCAAACGCUCCUCUACGGUGGGAGAGGUGGUCAAUCUGAUGUCUGUGGAUGCUCAGCGCUUCAUGGAUCUCACAACCUUCCUCAACAUGCUGUGGUCAGCUCCACUGCAGAUCAUUCUAGCUCUCUUCUUCCUCUGGAAGAAUUUGGGUCCAUCAGUGCUGGCUGGUGUAGCUGUGAUGGUUCUGCUGAUUCCGUUCAAUGCUUUCAUUGCCAUGAAGACCAGAACUUACCAGGUGGAGCAAAUGAAACAUAAAGAUGACCGCAUCAAGCUGAUGAAUGAGAUUCUCAAUGGCAUAAAGGUGUUGAAGCUCUACGCCUGGGAGAUCUCCUUCAAAGAGAAGGUCCUUCAGAUCCGCCAGAAAGAACUCAAUGUGCUGCGCAAGACUGCCUACCUCAGCGCGCUCUCCACCAUGGCCUGGACCAGUGCUCCGUUCCUGGUAGCCUUGACAACAUUUGCUGUAUAUGUGACUGUGGAUAAAGAGAACGUCUUGGAUGCAGAGAAGGCAUUCGUGUCUUUGUCUCUGUUCAACAUCUUAAGAUUCCCCUUGAAUAUGCUCCCACAAGUCAUAAGCAGCAUUGUACAAGCCAGCGUGUCUCUGAAGCGCAUCCAGGAUUUCCUGAGUCACGAUGAACUGGAUCCAGAGAGUGUCGACAGAAGAAACAAUGCUUCAGAAUAUGCAGUGACAGUAGUGAAUGGGAAAUUCUCAUGGGCCAAGCAAGACCAAGUCACUCUUGAGAACAUUAAUGUGAUGGUGCCGCAGGGCUCUUUGCUGGCAGUGGUGGGUCAUGUGGGCUGUGGGAAGACCUCUCUUGUGUCCGCCCUGCUUGGAGAAAUGAAGAAGCUCGAGGGGCAAAUCUCGAUACGGGGCUCUGUGGCUUAUGUACCACAGCAAGCUUGGAUCCAGAAUGACACUUUAAGAGAUAACAUCCUGUUUGGCAAACCCUAUCUGGAACAGAAGUACCGCUGUGUGCUGGAGGCCUGUGCCCUCACCCCUGACCUGGAAAUGCUUCCUGGUGGCGACCAAACAGAGAUAGGGGAGAAGGGCAUUAAUCUUUCUGGUGGCCAGAGACAAAGAGUGAGUCUAGCCAGAGCACUUUACAGUGAAGCAGACGUCUAUCUCCUGGAUGACCCUCUGUCUGCUGUGGACGCUCAUGUUGCCAAACAUAUUUUUGACAAAGUUGUUGGGCCUGAGGGAGUCCUCAAGGACAAGACACGGAUACUGGUGACCCACGGUAUCAGCUUCCUGCCUCAGGUGGAUAACAUCCUUGUGCUUGUGGACGGAAGGGUGUCAGAGAUGGGCUCCUACCAGGAUCUGCUCAAACAAAAUGGGGCUUUUGCCGAGUUCCUCAGAAAUUACUCUCUUGAGGAUAUCAUCGAAGAUGAUGAAGUCACCGUUUUGGUGGUUGACGAAGAAGAGGAUUUUCCUGACGAUGCUCUUAGUAACCACACUGAUAUGGUGGAUAACGAACCUGUUGUCAAUGAGGCCCGCAGAAAAUUCAUGAGGCAGAUGAGCGUCAUGUCUAAUGACCUAGAGAACCCAAAGGGCAAGUCCAUCCGUCACCGCCGCUGCAGCACUAAGAAACUUGCAGAGCCCCUGACAGAGAAGAAGGAGCAAAAGGUGGAGAAACUCAUCCAAACAGAAACAGCAGAAACUGGGCGGGUGAAGUUCAAGGUUUACUGGGAAUAUGCAAAAGCGGUGGGGCCUUUUCUGUCCCUUUUCAUCUGCUUCCUGUAUGGCUGUCAGAGCGCAGCCUCCAUCGGAGCCAAUUUCUGGCUCAGCGAAUGGACUAAUGAUGCACAGCACAACAGGACACAAGAGAAUGUUCAAAUGAGGGUGGGGGUGUACGCAGCGCUGGGCAUUUCACAAGGUGCGCUGAUUCUGGCCAACUGUUUACUGUGCCGGGCUUACAGCAUGCUGAAGGCGGCCCACACUACCCACCUCAACAUGCUCCAUGCCAUUUUGAGGGCUCCCCAGGCCUUUUUCGAGGCCACGCCCUCAGGGCGGGUCUUGAACCGCUUCAGCAAAGACGUGGACACAAUAGACUCUCUUAUUCCAGACAAUAUUGAUAUCUGGAUGCGCACUUUCUGGUACACAGUAAAUGUGCUGAUCGUAUGCUCUGCCCUCACCCCGAUGUUCCUCAUAGUCAUAGUGCCAUUAAUGCUGUUCUAUUGGUGGGUCCAGAGAUUUUAUGUUGCAACAUCUCGACAGCUUAAGAGACUGGAAUCUGUCAGUAGGUCUCCUAUAUAUUCUCAUUUUUCGGAGACCAUCACAGGCACUAGUGUGAUCCGUGCCUACAGGCGAAACAGUGCCUUUGUACUCAUGAGUGAUAUGAAAGUGGAUGAGAACCAAAAGAGUUACUAUCCUGGUAUUGUUUCCAACAGAUGGUUGGGGGUUCGCGUUGAAUUCAUUGGGAAUUGCAUUGUGCUGUUUGCUGCUCUAUUUGCUGUCAUUGGGAAAGACAAGCUCAGCCCCGGCUUGGUUGGUCUGUCAGUGUCAUACGCUCUGCAGGUCACGAUGUCCCUAAACUGGAUGGUAAGGAUGACCUCUGACCUUGAGAGCAAUAUAGUAGCAGUGGAGAGAGUGAAGGAGUACUCAGAGACACCAACUGAGGCUCCAUGGAUAGUGAAGGACAAACAGCCACCCCCAGAUUGGCCUCCAGAGGGAAAUGUACAGUUUAUGGACUACAGUGUGAGGUAUCGAGAGGGACUGGACCUGGUAUUGAGGAACCUCUCGCUGAAGGUCAAAGGAGGAGAGAAGAUUGGCAUCGUGGGAAGGACAGGGGCUGGCAAGUCCUCUAUGACACUGUGCCUGUUCCGCCUGAUAGAGGCGGCGGAGGGAGAAAUCAUAAUCGACGAGGUGAAAAUCUCCGAGAUCGGCCUUCAUGACCUCAGAUCCAAACUCACCAUUAUCCCUCAGGAACCUGUUCUGUUCUCUGGAACUCUGCGUAUGAACCUCGAUCCCUUUGAUAAAUACAGCGAUGAUGAACUGUGGAAAGCUCUGGAGCUGUCUCAUUUAAAGAAGUAUGUUAGCAACCAGGCUGCCAAACUCAAUUUGGAAUGCUCAGAAGGAGGGGAAAACCUAAGUGUGGGUCAGAGACAGCUGAUAUGUCUGGCACGAGCUUUGCUGAGGAAGACCAGAAUCCUCAUCCUUGAUGAAGCCACAGCCGCUGUUGACCUGGAGACAGAUGAUCUAAUCCAGUCCACAAUCCGCACUCAGUUUGAAGACUGCACAGUUUUCACUAUAGCUCACAGACUCAACACCAUCAUGGACUAUACCAGAGUGCUUGUUUUGGACAAGGGACAGAUAGCUGAAUUCGAUACACCGGCAAACCUUAUUGCACAGAAAGGAAUAUUUUUUGGAAUGGCUAAGGAUGCGGGGUUGGUGUGAACCUGCUAUGCUGUAAAAAAGCCAAGAGUGCCUUCACACAGUAUCACACAGAAUGCCAGUGAAUGUAAUAUUUUUUUUUUACUCAGCAGCAAGCUACAUUCAGGAUCUGUUUUUAUAUUUACAUUAUUGUUUUUUUCCUUCUAUAAACUACAGUGACACUGUUACUUCAGUGACUAAGUUUCAUGAUGAAGCAGUGUAUUUUUUGUACUGUAUUAUUUAAGUCACUUUCUGAAGUUGUUCAAUAGGGAAGAUUACUGCUCAAUUAAAUGUGUGAUUCCAAAUCUGUAAAAACUUGAAUUCUGUUACUAGAAUUGGAGUAUCGUCGCAUUUAUUAAAAAAAGUAAUGCUA